UCCUUAACAAAAACAGGGAGUGAAAAUCUGCCCUCCCUCUGUGGCUCCUUGAUUUUCCCAAGGUUGUUUUCUCUGAAACUUGAUCUGCCAAACAAUUGCCCUGGCAACUACAGCUUUAGUUCAGCGUUUUGCCUUUUCACUAUGCAGGCUGCGGCUGCUCUGCUCCCAAGCAGGUGGGGGGAUGUAACGAAAAAGAAGGAAGAGCAUUACCUGGACAAGACACGGGAUGAACAAGUGAACAUCAGCAAUUUCUGUUCCUGUUUCCAUUUUUGUUGGACUUCUCUGAUAUCCCUAUGUAGAGGAACUUUUGGGUCUCAGACUAUGCCACUAAAUUCCUGUGUAGACUUGCAUACGUCAGAAAUAAACAUCAAAAGAAUUGCUGAUUAUGAAAGACAAACCAUACCAGUAAAAGCUGUGAUAUUCAUCACCAAAAAUGGUGUCAAGGUCUGUGUGCCAUAUGAUCUUGCAUGGGUGAAGAAAAACAUCCACAAAUUGGAAAGAAGCAAGGCUAGAAAACAAAAAAGAACUACAUCUAGACCUAAGAGCAUGACCAGCUAAGCUGCAGCACAUCAAAUCAUCAAUAGCUGCUCAUAAUUGCUAAUUGUUGACUGGAAAUAAAGUUUCUGAACUGAUGUAGUUACACUGGAAUCUAUUCAUCUGUCAAAGAGGAGCUGAUAGAAUUAUGGCAAUUUAGUGUUGCUGUCUUAACUACUUUAGGUUAGCUUUUUAUGUAUUGUAAGAAGACAGCUCUUUCAAUAUUUUCAGUUGCAGCUGUUUUACGUGUUAUGGGAGCAUUUAUUCAGAGUUUCCCUUUACACUUCACCAUGUUCUUAUUGUAUCUCAAUAGUGUCCUUCAAACACUAUUAAUAUAUACAAAUUAUUGUUCCACUGAUAGAAUGGCUGGUGGUUUCCUGUGUUUAAGAUAUCAGUGACCAACAUAAUAUAAAAGUAUAAACCUUGGUGUGGGGGGGUGGGGGUGU